UAAAGGUCACCACGAGGUUGUUGGUGUUUACACGCAAGUGAUAUGUUUUGAUGUGAGUCUUAGAUAUCAAGCGGAAUAAGAACUACAUAAUACGACGUGAGAAGACAAUCUGACCAUCCUAAAGUGCAUCUUCUUGCCUGCUUGGAGAAGUGGAGAGACCCAGCCCCAAGGGUGGAAGAAGCACUAUGGAGCCCCCACUGGAGCUCGUGGAGACGGAGGCUGGUCAGAAGAACAGGAGCACAGCCACAGAUGCCUUCAUCGACUUCAUGGGGGGUGUAGCAGGUGGCACUGCCUCUGUGUACGUGGGUCAGCCGCUGGACACCGUCAAGGUGAAGAUGCAGACAUUUCCUACUCUCUACACUAAUGCCAUGGACUGUACUUUACAAACAUUCAAACAAGAUGGCAUUGUACGAGGUCUGUAUGCAGGCACCAUCCCGUCCCUCGCUGCUCAGAUCUCAGAGAACUCGGUCCUGUUCCUGUUUUAUGGCAUCUGCCAGAAGAUGGUGGCGAAGGUGAUUUCUGUGCCAAGUGUAGACAAGCUGACGCCCCUGCAGAAUGCCCUGGCAGGAAGUGGUGCUGCAUUUUUCUCGUCAUUCACGCUGUGCCCAACAGAGCUGGUCAAGUGUCGUCUGCAGGCCAUGAGGGAGAUGGCCACACAAGGCCAGCUGGAAGGAGGGCUGGAGAGACUCAAAAUAGGUCCCUGGGGUCUGACCAAGGAGAUCCUCCAGCAAGAGGGUUUCCGGGGUCUCUUCAAAGGGCUCACCAGCACCUUCAUGAGGGAAAUGCCAGGAUAUUUCUUCUUCUUUGGGGGUUACGAAAUUUGUCGCCACCUCCUCACACCAGCAGGGAAAACAAAAGAUGAAAUAGGAGCCUGGAGGACGAUUGUGUGUGGUGGUGUUGGUGGGGUGGCACUGUGGACGGCCAUCUUCCCCGCUGAUGUUGUCAAAUCCCGCAUUCAAGUACAGUGUGUGGCAGGGUCUGCGACACCCACCUUUAUAGCAACGGUACUCAAGAUCUUCAGAGAAGAAGGAGUGUUGGCACUGUAUAGGGAUUGGGUCCGACCAUUGUGAGAACCUUCCCUGCUACCGGCGCUCUCUUCCUUGCCUAUGAAACAACGAAGAAAUGGCUGGGCUACUUUUCUGACCAAGUCUCAGGAUAAUAUUAGCGACUGUUAGUUGCCAGUGUACAUAUCACAGUAUUAUAUUUUACAGGCAAGAAUCUGGUUGGAUGUUUUUGAAUCACGAGUGCAAGCAGUAUUAUAAACAUAAGAAGGAUGCUGUGUUAUAGAUAUGCAUUCUUGAUUACCCUGGAUCCAAGCACUCAUGGAGCUAUAUUUUGAAUUUGUUUAGAGUGUCACAAUUGCGAAAACAGUCAUACAAUCAAAGUACCCCAGUACACGAAAUCAGCUUUGAGAGAUGAGGAUAUGGACAUCACCUGAGAAACAAAACUUUGGUCAAAAUUUUGAUACACUGGGUGUACUCAAUGACAAAACAGGGGGCAUUAAUCUUUUGGGGUCCUCAACAAUAUUUAAAGAUCCAUAUUUUGUGAUAUAGACUGUACAGAUUUCUUCAAUGUCUAUAUCCAUAUUGGAAAAAUCCAUGUUAGAAAUUCAGCUAUUUUAGGGACAUUUUUGAAAACCAAGCAUUAGAACUUGAAUAUUCCAGCAAUGAAAGUUUUAUUUUCCACAUUUGUUCAAUAACAGUUUACACAAAAUGCUGAUUCAGGAAUUAGGAAGUGGAUCUAUCAGACUGACAAAUAAUCAGUAAGCUGGGGCCAUAAUGACUGUAACCUCGUGGAUCCUCACCUAAGUUAUGGAGUAGAUUUCGUAUAUGAAGUGCUUAUAAUAUACCAUUUAAAAAAAGUAGGGGAUAUUCCAUUUUGCGAGCAUACCACUAGCCAAUGCCAAUGCAUAUGAGAAAAGUAAUAUAUAUCCAUACAGAUGAAACAUUUCCAAAGGAAUGGAAUAAAUUGUCACAUAUUCCCUUAAUUUCUCUUCAUCAUCUGUUUCCUCCUUGGCUUCACCAUGUGCGUUUUAUCAAUCUUGUUAAUCCAGUCUGGCUAUUGCUGAGACUGUUGAGACAGGAGUAGAAACAGCUGGCAUCACUGGUAAAGUCUUGUCCACCACUUUGAUGAGGUAGCGCUAUUUCUGGUGCUGGUACAGGCAUUAUUCAGCUGGCAUGGUCAGAAUGGAUCAUGGAAUAUUUAUCCCUCCAUUUGUUUUAGUUGUUGGUGCCAUUGAAAAUACAUUCAGUUUGUCUGUUAAGAAUCUCAUGUUUGACAAUAUACACCAGAGUUUUUACAAUAAACAUAUAUUGAUAUUCUGUUGCCAUGUUUUGUCUAAUAUAUUGAUAUGACAGUUUUGAAGCAGUUUGAAAGUUUUAUGUAGGAUUUACACCUGACUUCCCUAAAUUCCAAUUGUAAAAAUGUAAGCGAUGAAAAAAGUGAAUCUUUCUUCACAAUGACUAAUACAGCUGGGAAAGCUGAGCUUGUGAGGAUGUCAUUUUGACUUCCUUUUCAAGCAUAUUCUUUUUAAUUAGAGCUCUGAUUACUGCUUUGAAUUGUAAGGGGUUGAUCCCUCAAUGGCUAUUUCAUCGAUGGAAACCCCAAAUCAAACUUGCAAGAUUAGAUUUAUUUAUCGGAAACAGAAUGUUUUGAAUUGCUUCCUCUGAGCUCAUGCAUUAUAAUGGCUGGCUCGCGUGUUUGAAUUGUGAAAUUUAUUGUACACUGAUAUUCUGUGAUAUAGCACUGACACAGUUGUGGUUUAUCAGAUCCAUUAAAGGAUGGAUUCAUUUGCACUUAGUAACUCCCCUUCUGACAGGGAUUUGUUUUAUCUUUCCAUUAUACACAAAAGUGGUACCAUAAUAUAUGGAGUGUAUUUGUUAAUAUAAUGACAUGUCUGAUUUAUCCCUGUCAAAAUUGGAGUAGUAGUAUCAAAAUGCAAGAUUUUCAAUGAAACUUGAAAUGUCAAUAGUAAUACUAUUAUAAUGCUAAGACAAAGAUGGCUAGAAUUACUGAUGACUUUGAAAAACACAUGAAGUCCACAUUGACGUUAAUGUGUUGCAUUACAUAUUUCUAUUACAGCAGUAUUCUUCAUGACGUACGUUAGAUAGUGGAAAUGUGUUUCUGUGGUCCAUUGAAAUUGUAACCAAGAAGAUGCUGGGCUUGUGAGGAAAUAAUGUUCAUAAGGCCAGACCAAUUUUAUUUCUUGUUUUACGGAUCUGCCAGUCGUAUUUUUUCAAGAAUAA